AUGUCUAUCACCCAAGUAACAGCUUCGGCCGCCGCUCCCAAGGUGCACCAUGUUACACUCACAGGACGCGCAACCCGCCCAACAGAACCAAUCCCCCAAUUCCUGAUCGACGGAGCCAAAGUCGAGACGAAGCAGGCAUUCAAUGCAAAGAAGCACCUCAACUAUGAACCUCCAAGCAAGAUCACCACCAUGAAGGAGAUCGGCCUUGAAGGCCAGGGUAUAUCGCCCAAUGUAGUUACUGCUCCGUUCCAGCUCUUUACGGAGGCGGCUAUCAAGCAGAUGAGGGCUGAAAUAUUCAGCCAGCCCGUACUUGAUAACUGCCACUAUAUGUCUGAGUUUGUCAAGUCAACAAUCCGGGGGAUGGGCUCUGCUCGCGCCCCAUUCGUCUGCGACGCCUGGAACAGUCCCGAAGUCCUGGCCAUCGUGUCCGAAGUAGCAGGCAUUGAGUUGAUCCCCGCCAUGGACUACGAGAUUGCCGCGAUCAACAUCUCAGUCAAUAACCAGACCGUAUCGGCUUACUCUGCUCCAAAGCAAGACGACGAUAGCCUCCCCGCGUUCGCGUGGCACCGGGACAGCUACCCCUUUGUCUGUGUGACGAUGCUCUCGGAUUGUGUUGGGAUGACUGGUGGCGAGACGGCACUGAAGACCUCAUCUGGGGAGAUCUUGAAGGUUCGCGGGCCUGCUAUGGGAACUGCUGUUGUCAUGCAAGGGCGAUAUAUCGAGCACCAAGCCCUGAAGGCAUACGGAGGCCGGGAGCGCAUUAGCAUGGUGACUUCGUUCCGACCGAGAUCGCCCCUUGUUCGCGAUGAGUCUGUUCUUACUGGUGUCCGGCCGAUCAGCAAUCUAUCCGAGCUGUACAGCCAGUAUACGCGAUACAGGCUUGAGGUCAUUGAGGAGCGGGUUUGGAAAUUCGCACAGCGACCGUUUGAUAUCAAAGAUGUGAAGACGUUUUUGACGGAGCAGAAGGAGUAUAUUGAGUCUAUGAUUGAGGAGAUUGUUGAGUAG